CGUUCCUCCAACUAAAAGAAGAAUACCGGACGGACGGCCUCUCCUUUUUGCCCACAGAAAAAGAACCCUGAAAUAUGGAACCAUGGGACCUUUCUAUCCCGUCGGUGCCGUUGGAGAGGAAAACCAGGGCAUGGAAAACCAACGGCGGCACCCACAGACCCUCCCUUCCCGGCCUUUUCAUUCUCGUCUCCUUUCCCUCUACUUUGGCCCCUUAAUCUCUAUUUCUCUUCUCCCUCUCCCUCUCCCAAUUUCGCUCGGUUAUUUCUUAAUCUCUAAUUCGAUCCCCAGCUUCAAAGAAUAGUGUCAUGGCUUCAUGGUUUCGGUGUUGCAAGGCCAUCGCCUUGUUUCUUCUUUUCCUGUGGCCGCCUCUUUCUAGUAGCUCGGAAGCAGUUGCGACCGUGGACGUCCACGCCGCGAAACGCCUCGUGUCCUCCGGCCACCGCUACUUGGACGUCAGAACGGUCGAGGAAUUCUACAAGGGCCAUUUGGAGAACGCCAUGAAUGUCCCCUAUCUCUUCUUCACCCCACAAGGAAAGGAGAAAAAUCCCAAGUUCGUGGAGCAGGUGUCGUUGGUCUGCGACAAGGAUGAUCACAUAGUUGUGGGAUGUCUGAGCGGAGUGCGGUCCCUCCAAGCAGCUGCGGAUCUUCUCAACGCCGGUUUCAGGCACGUGCAGAACAUGGGAGGUGGUUAUGCUGCAUGGGUAGAGAAUGGGUUUGCCGUGAAGAAGCCUCAAGAAGAGCUGUAGUGCUCAUGUCACGUUUAAGUUUGGUUCAUAUAUAUACAUCUAAAGAAAUAAAAUAAUAUUGAAGCAAAUAUUUAGCUAAGAAUAUCUAUGGUGCUAUUCUUGACUUUAAUAUUGUUCAUUAGCUGACAUUUAUGCAAGCAGUGAGCACUGAUUAAGAUAAACUACAUGAGUUUAUAGUGCAAGGAUCGUUGACAACUGGUCCAAAUUGCCAUGCUAAGCCCCAGUUGUUGUUCCAAAUGUUGGGGAUUUUUGUGUUAUUUUGAUUCUGAAAUACUGUAACCGUGCUACUGACUGUUUCUGAGUGGAAUUUGUACAUUAAAUUCAAUCAUGUUAGUAA